AUGCUUGCUGGCGCCAGUCUGGAUGGUGAGAGAGCUGAAGACCUGAAGAAGAGAGAAGAAGAAGAAGAAGAAGAAGAAGCAGGAGAGGCAGAAGAAAAGGAGGAGGAGGAGGAGGUGAAGCGGGACAAGCAAGCGACGCAGGAGUUGCGGCCAGACGAGUAA